UUCUCUCAACCUCCACUUUAAACAUAAUUGCACAUAUAUCAGUACUCAUUCUCUUCCCUCUCCUCUCACUACUUGUCAUCAAAGGCUAAAACUCACAUCCACUACCGUGCACUGUUAUUCAUAAAAAAAAUUAUAUUUACACAACAAUAUAUAAUGGCCAGAUUUCUACACAUGCUUAUAAUGCUCUCUAGCCUUGCUCUAAUUAUCUCAGUUUUGCCAUUGGCCUCCGCAUCUUUGAAGGUGGACUUCUAUAAAACUACGUGUCCAUCUGCAGAGGCAAUAGUGAAAAGAGCCGUAAACAAAGCCGUUUCUCUCAACCCGGGCAUCGCUGCUGGUUUGAUAAGAAUGCAUUUUCAUGAUUGUUUUGUGAGGGGUUGUGAUGGUUCUGUGCUAUUAGAAUCCACCCAAGGCAACCCAUCAGAGAGAGAGCACCCUGCCAACAACCCAAGUUUACGUGGCUUUGAAGUUAUCGAUGAAGCCAAGGCUGAAAUAGAGGCAGAGUGUCCUCACACUGUGUCCUGUGCAGACAUUCUUGCCUUUGCUGCUCGAGACAGCUCCAACAAAGUUGGAGGCAUAAACUAUGUAGUGCCAGCUGGACGCAGAGAUGGUCGUGUCUCUAACAGAGACGAAGCUUCACAACUUCCUCGUCCAACAUUCAACACACAACAACUCAUUAGUAACUUUGAACAAAAAGGGUUGUCUGCAGAUGAAAUGGUAACACUCUCUGGAGCACAUUCUAUUGGUGUCUCACAUUGUUCCUCCUUCUCCGACCGCUUGUACUCUUUCAAUGCCACGUUUCCUCAAGACCCUUCUAUGGACACUAAAUUUGCCACGUCGUUGAAAAGCAAGUGUCCACCAAGGAGUGAUAACACGGUGGAGCUUGAUGCUUCCUCGCCUAACCGUUUGGACAACAACUACUACACGAUGCUCAAUAACCAUCGUGGUUUGUUGACCUCAGAUCAGACUUUGUUGACCAGCCCCUCAACGAGGCCAAUGGUGCUAACCAAUGCUAAACAUGGUUCGACAUGGGCACGCAAGUUUGCUAAGGCAAUGGUGCAUAUGGGUUCCAUUGAAGUGCUAACUGGCUCACAAGGAGAGAUCAGAACGCGUUGCAGCGUCGUUAAUUAACUCUGCACAUGCUUCAGUUCCUUCUCCAAGAAACUCAUCAACUAUUUUUUAAUUACAUUGUUCAUACGUGCAAAUAUGCAUUUUUCUUUCUUAUCAUUCUUUUGUUGAGCAUAAAAUGUGAUCGCUUCAUUCUUUGAUUUGUUCUUAUUUUCCUUUGGAAUCAUUCUUUUAAGUAGCCUACACUUUGUAUUCUUGGGCUUGGACAAUCCAAUUGUAUGUUUGUAAUCCAGUGAAAUGAAAAAUAUUAUUUUCUGGGUUCUCUU